GUCGCCUUUCGAGCAGGAUUACCCUGACAAACAGUCCCUCAGCAGUUCAAAGGAUAUACUCCCACAAGGAUAACAAAAGCAACCAUGUUCACUAAGUCCAUGCUGCUCUUCUCUCUGGUCGUGGCCCUCUUUGCUGUCUGCCACACCAGUCCAGUUCCAGAUGAUAAUGGCAAGUAUACUGCUCCACAGCAAUCCUCUAGCGAUGGCAAGUAUCGCCCCAGCGACGAUGGACGUUACCAUGCGAGUUCCCAGAACGAAGGCCGAGGUGGUUCGCAAGAUAGCUUAGGUCGCUAUCACCACAUGCCACAGCCCUACAGACAUGUGGACGAUCAGCGUGAGCUCGGAAUCUACCAUCACAUUCCCAAUCCCUAUGACGGCGGCUAUGGACCCUAUGCCGGUUUGAAUAUUCCCUACGUCCAUGACGACAGGCCCUACAACCACGACCUGUACACAAGUACGACCACAAAGAAACCGACCACCACCACCAAAAGGACGACGACCACCACCACCACGACCACCACCACGCCGAGGAGCAUCCUGUUCAACUACGACGACGAGGGUCGCCACAAGAUUCUGCACAAGGAAGAGGUCCGCAAGCAGGACAAAUACGAUCACUCUUACCUGACCGAGAACGGAAUCUACGGCGAGGAACAGGCCAAGCUCCACCACACCGGAGGCACCCACGCCAAGGGCUUCUACGAGUACACCGGCGACGACGGCAAGCUGUACAGGGUGAACUACCACUCCAACGAUGGAGGCUUCAUGCCCCAGGGCGACCACAUCCACCCGAUUCCCGACGCCAUCGCCCGCGCCCUCAAGUACGUGGAGGAGCAGCAUAAGGCCAACGGAGGCGCCCAGUUCGACCAUCGUGGCUUCCGCAUCAAUCACAUGACCAAGGAGAUCAAGGCCCAGAUCAAGGCGAUACACCUGGAGAACAUGCCCAAGGAGCUGGCCGACCAGAUCCACAUGCUGGAGCACGAGGUGGAGCUCGCCGAGGAGGAGGAGCGCGAGGAGAAGGCCGCGUUGGAGCGCCUGCGAAAGGCGUCCAAGAAGCACUAAGUGCGGGAGCCCAGCUCGCCUCAUCCACAGCCAUAUGUUCCCCGCUACCCAAAAAAAAAGAACAGUCCUAGUCCAUCCAGAACCCAAAUUCCAACACCCAACUCCAUUCCCCAUGCAUUUGCCGAGUGACCAACGGGCAAACCCUAUAACAAGCCAUCGUAAUACCGAGAAAAAAUCCACAAAAAAAGGAAAGGAAGGUGAAGAAUGCCAGCAGCUAAUUGCAACCGGAGAAUAUUCGUACAUUUAUAGUCCGCUC